AUGGGUAACUACUCGAAAGCACUUGAAUUUUACGACAAAUCACUUAAAAUAUUCGAAAAAUCUCUGCCUCCGAAUCAUCCCGAUUUGGCUAGUCCCUACAACAACAUCGGUGGAGUGUAUAACAGCAUGGGUAACUACUCGAAAGCACUUGAAUUUUACGACAAAGCACAUAAAAUCUACGAAAAAUCUCUGCCUCCAAAUCAUCCCUUAUUGGCUACUUCCUACAACAACAUCGGUGGAGUGUAUUACGGCAAAGGUGACUACCCAAAAGCACUUUCAUAUCUAGAAAAGGCACUUGUCAUCUGGCAAAAAUCACUUCCACCAACACAUCCUAAUAUUAAAACGGCGAUGAAUAAUAUUGACAGUGUGAAAAAGAAAAUGUAA